UGACAUGGGGUAUCAGUCUACUCAGUGACAGCCAGAGAACAUUAGCGUCGUAGCUCUUAUUGCGGGACUCUGAAACCACUGUGAAUUGAGACACAUUUAUUGUACUAUUCCAGAGAAUAAAAAUUACAACGUGGAUGUUUUGGAGCCUGAUAACUAUUGAGGACUUUGGGAAAGGCAUUUGGGUGCUAAGUAUUUAAUUCUUUAUUUUAUUUAACUCGGCAAGUCAGUUAAGAACAAAUUCUUAUUUCAAUGACAGCCUACCGGGCAACUGCCUUGUUCAGGGACAGAACAGAUUUUUACCUUGUUAGCUCGGGAAUUCAAUCCAGCAACCUUUCGGUUACUGGCCCAACACUCUAACCACUAGGCUAACUUACCUGCCACCCCUAGUAGACUGAUACCCAAUCCUUAGUGCAACAUGAAUGUCAAUACGCACAAUAGGCUAACUGGGGAGGUGAUUUCCCACAGUCAAAGUCCCGCAAUAGGAGCUACGAAAGGCCAAACGCAAAUUCCACUUUGUGGCUAAUCCUUAUUGUGGCUAGCUUCACAACACAUAACCCCGUCCGGUCAAGCAUACCAGACAGAUGAAGCUAGCUGGAUGCUUAUAACGUUAGCUUUGGGCAACAAACAGAGUAGCUGGCUAGCUAGUUGUUUCAAUAGGAGAACAACAAGCGGCUACCUAGCUAAUACUUGCUCACAUGGAUUCCUAAAUUACUGCAAUUUCAACUGGUCAUUGUUUUCAAGCUGGUUUCAUUUGUGCUAGCUAUGUACCAAGCUAAAGCUAGCUACCCCAUAAGUUGCUAAUAACGCCUGUAUCAAAUAUAUUUGUAAACAUUGUUUAUCCUGCUCGUUUGAUUCUGAUCUAAUUUCAAAUGCUCACACAGACGUUUUCCCUUUCAGUCGAACGAAUAAUACCUUAUUACCAAAGCAGUAUUGCACAGCAGUGAUCAUAAUGGUGGCGCUUGGCUUGUACAUGCAAAUUCAGCACACACAACAUUCUAUAAUAUAACUGUGUUAUUUGACGUGUCAAAUUAAAUGUGUAUUUAUUUUUUGACACGCAAAGACCCAAACUGCGUUCCAUAGAAUUAUACUGUCUGAAAAGGUACAUACGCUUCUGACCCGGCACCGUUUACUAAAAACUGUCAGGUUCGAACAUUGAGCAAAACCAGCAACAGGUCUUUAAAAACAAUUUGAUUGGAUAUUAACAAACGCAAACUACCUCGCCUACUACCUACAUACAUUCAUUGGCUAGAUAGAAAGGAGGCGGGAUUUAUGGUAGACUAGUCGUCGUCGCAGGGGAGGAAGGGCAAGACGGACAUCUUGGUGAGGUCGAAAGAUUGAGUGCUAAGCUUGCCAGCUAUCCUGCUCAGAUGCCUAGACAUUGCUCUGCAGGUGGAUGCAAAUCCCGUGACACCAGGGAAAAUCGUAAGGCUGGCAUUACCUUUCACAGGUUGCCAAAGCGUGGAACACCACGCCGGGACCUAUGGAUCAUCAACUCGCACCGCAAGGGCCCACAAGGCCAGGGGCCAUGGGACCCCCAGAGCAACUUCAUCUAUUUCUGCUCCAAGCACUUCACCCCAGAGAGUUUUGAACUCUCAGGUGUCAGUGGGUACCGAAGGCUCAAGGACGAUGCAUUGCCCACAGUCUUCGAAAUGGUCCUGCAGCCAGGAGGAAGAGGAGGGGGAGAAACUCCUAGAGGAAAGGGCAAACAGAAUGUCAUAAGCCUACAGACCAGGUCCCGCUCUCUGAAAGUGGAACAAAACAGCCAGAAUGGCACACAACAAGAAAUUGAAGUGAAAAAUAUAGUUAGUGGAGAACAAGUUCAGGGCUCUGAGACACCCAAUGGGGAACCUAAUAACCGGAUAGAGCCCCUCCCUUCCCCCCAGGGAACGUCUGUGCCGACUGUUGAAACACCACAGGGUUCCCCUCAACAACCAUCAGGCUCUUCACCCGGAGACCCACCUGGCUCUCCAUGCUCUCCCCGUCCUCAUUCCCCAUCGCGAUACAUGUUGCGCCUACCCCCACCUCCUGGCUUCUACCUGCCCAAGGAACACAACUAUGCUCAGCAUUGCCCCCUGGUGUGGCGGAAGCGUUACGACAGGGCCAUCGACAGCCUGGAGAAGUCCCUGCGUCUGCUUAGUGCGGCCAGGCGGAGGGAGAACCGGCUGCGGCACGCGCUCCUGCGCCUCAGAGAGAAUCGUCUGAAACACACCCUGCUUCGCUCCCGGGAUGGAGCUAAGGGCAGGGGAGGUCGAAUUCAGGGGUUGGAGAGGAGAGGACAUGGAGAUAAGGCAGGAGGUGCCAGCCUGGCAGAGCCAGAAGAGACUGAGAUGGAUGGAGUGCCAGAGGACUUGGGGCUAUUUGAAGACGGACCUGGGGAACCGAUUGACUGGGGUGGGAGGGUCCAGACUACAGAGACUAAAGCUGGGUUGGAAGAGGAGGGGGGUUACUGCUUCUACUGUGGAAGAGGGCGAGAGGACGAUGGGGUUAAAGUGUCCAGGGGAAGCUCUCAGAUAAGGAAAGGUGGACAGGGAACUAUGGAUGAUGGCUCUUGGAGCUCUCAGGUUGAUGAGGGGGACAGAGAUGGUCGAAGAGGAAGACGAAUUCUAAAGAAGGCUCGAGUUCGAAAGGUUGGAGAGGCCACAACAUAUGCAGGAGCGCCACAGGAAAGCUAUGAAAGCUACUACUAUCACUGUGGCGCAUCUGAGAGUGGUGAAGAUGUGCAGGUAGUCAUGGUGGAGCUGCCACCUGAGAAAGGGGUGAAAGCUGGCGUGGAACUUCACUGCAACCCUCAGCUGUCCAUCCCCCUGUUACAAACACAAUCACCGGUGGGCCUUCAGCAGAUGCAGCCCUCAGGCAGAGCAGCACUGCAGGAUACCCACAGCCGGGUUCAAUUCCUGCAGCCUUGCCCAGCCUCCCAGCAAGGGUUACUCGUCACAGACCUGAACUCAAUAGAAGCAGAGCCAGUGGACAGCCAGCAGCAGCUGGAGGAGCCGGUGUUCUGGAUGCAGGAGGGCCAACUGCUCUUAGUGCCUGUGCCCUCUGAAGAUUGGCUGAAGGGCACAGUUGGGAUGGAGGGAGAGGCAGAAGAGGUGGGAGCACAAACCAUAUUAGUGUCAGAGUUGGGAUUUCCUAGAGACUUGGUGGAGGAGAAAAAGGGGCUGUGCUUGGAGGGUGGGGGUACAGGGCUGAGGGUUAUAUUGCCCACUGAUGGACAGGGAGGCCACCACUCAGAUAUCAGGACUACUGUGGUGAGCGGUGACGUGAGGGAGCGGUUGAAAGAACACUUGGAGGGGUUUCAGCUCCAGCUUAGCAGUGAGUUUAUUGACUGAUGGCUGUAUCAUAUUUAAGGUCCAAAGGGUGAAAGCCUUCAUGUAGAGAGUGCAAAGGUGUCAGCACACUGUUGUUUUAUAUACAUCAGCGAAGAUGGUGGAAUGUUAACUUAUAACUUAAAUCAGGUUGGAAAGUCAAGAGAACCAUUUAGCAGGACAAAUCAGUCAGUCAUAUUCUUACCAGCUUGUUAGCCCAAAAUGCAACCCAACCCAAAAAAUACAAAAACAUUCCAUUUACUCACUUCACGCAGGCUUGUGUAGUAGAGCAGUGGUUCCCAAACUGGGGGGCGCGCUGAGAGGUCGGUGGAGGGCGCAAGGUGCAAUUUCGAAAUUGGGUAGUGCAUCAUCAGUUCCUCUUGUCAUGUCAGUCAUUGCAUACCUUAGAGAGCUAUUUAUAACUUGUUAGAAAUCAACUCGCCCAUGUCAGCUAACUUUCUUUUUUUUUAAGCUAGGUUUUUAUAGCCUAUAGAUUCUGUUGUAAUGUUUGAGUCACUCAAAUAUCACAUGAAUAAACAUUAGACAUGGCAAACUGUGUAGAAUUGCAAGAAAAUGUGCUUUAAACAUGUGAAAUGUUCUCUAAGCCAACAAGAGGGGUGUGAACAAUUUGUGUCAUGAACAGUGCUUGUGCCCAUAAAAAUAGACAUGGUGCACGCAUGCGCAGGGGGUGCACUUGAUGUUCCCCAAUGCAGGAAGGGGGGGCCCCUUGUAAAAACGUUUGGGAACCCCUGUAGUAGAGCAUACAAAGUGUAAUUGAAAACAUUUCAAAGCAUACAUCACAUAAUUAACAAAAUACAUUGUAAAUCACGCUCAGUUACACUUGUCAUUGCCUGUACAUACAAUUAUUACAGUAUUAAUAAAAUAACGUAUAAUCAUUUCA